CCGUAAAAGAAGGAGGAGACCUCUAAAACCAUGGUCGACCCUUCCACGUCCAUUUCCCUUCUUACUCUUCUCUCCCUCUCAUUGCCAAAAGAGGAAGCACGAAGAAGAAGAAGAAGAGCUUCGAUUGAGCAAGUGAUGGCUUCGCCCGCUUCUCUCUAGUUCCCUUGAUCAGCGAAUCACUUUCUUUUGAUCGAUCGAUUUGGAAUUAAUCGUACCUGAUGAGAAAGCUGUGUCCUAAUUUCGACCGGGAGGAUGGCCUGGACACAGUCCUGGAGGUCCCCAUCCCGGAGGAGAUGUUCGGGAACGUGCAGGGCACCGGUGGAUCUCGGUGGCAGAACAUGAGUACCUGGCUCAAGGCCCAGGCCUUCGACAAGGUCUCCGCCGCCGCCGAUGCUGCUGCCGCUGCCUCCGCCGUUCCUCACCUCUUCGCCGGCGGGGCCAACGUCGCCCUUCAGCUGCUCCUCAACGUCGUCGGCUCCCCCCUUAUCCCCUGCCCCGUCCCUGUCGACCGCGCCUUUAGCCGCUCCAUCCGCGACACCUCCAUCCAAGCGUCGACGGCGAAGUACAUCAUCACGCAGUACAUCGCGGCGACGGGAGGACAGGCGGCGCUAACAUCUGUGAACAGCAUGUACGCGGUGGGUAAGGUUCGGAUGACGGCGUCGGAGUUCCACAUCGGUGACCAGAGCGUGGCGGCGAAGGGCAACGGCGAGAUCGGCGGCUACGUGCUGUGGCAAAAGAGCCCCGAGGUGUGGUACUUCGAGCUCAUCAUGGCCGGAUCCAAGAUGAGCGCUGGCAGCGAUGGCCAGAUCGCCUGGCGCCAGUCCGCCUCCGAGCAGUCGCGCCCCUUCCGCGGCCCGCCGCGUCCCCUUCGUCGAACAUUCCAGGGAUUGGAUCCUCGCGCGACGGCGAAUCUCUUCUCCGACGCUGUGUGCAUUGGCGAGAAGAUCAUCAACGGCGAGGAGUGCUUCAUCCUGAAGCUGGAGACGAACGCGGCGAACCUGAAGGCCCGGAGCUCCGCCACCUUCGACAUCAUCCACCACAAGAUUUGGGGGUACUUCAGCCAGCGCACGGGCCUGCUGAUGCAGCUAGAGGACACCCACCUGCUCCGCAUGAAGGCCGGACGGCGCGGCGAGAGCAUCUUCUGGGAGACCAGCAUGGAGUCGGUGAUCGAGGACUACCGCUACGUCAACGGCGUCAACAUCUCCCACGGCGGCCAAACCGCCGUCACGCUCUUCCGCUACGGCGAGGGCUCCGUCAACCACAAGAGAAAGAUGGAGGAGUCGUGGACCAUCGAGGAGAUCGACUUCAAUCUCUCCGGCCUCUCCAACGAUUGCUUCCUCCCGCCGGCCAACCUCAAGAGGGAGCAGGACGGCGUCGACGGCCAUGCCCAUAUUGCAGGAUGAUCAUUAUAUAUUUUCUUUUUUUAUUUAUUUAUUUAUUUUAUUUUUAUUUAUUUAUUUAUUUUUAAUCUAGUCAGUGAA